AUGGGCAACAGCAACAGCGUGGCCGCUGUGGAUCUGCGUCCGCAAGUGCCGGACACUUGGAGCGCCGACGACAUUGAACCGCAGAGCGGCAAGGUCGUGGUCAUCACGGGCGCCAACUCGGGCAUCGGCUACGAGACGGCGCUGGAGCUCGCGCGCAAAGGGGCGGAUGUGGUCCUGGCCUGCCGCAACGAAGGGCGUGGCAAAGAGGCCGAGCAGACGCUGCGCGAAGCUCUAGCGUCCAAUCCCGACGCCGGCUCGGUCGAGUUCAAGAUGCUGGACGUGAGCGACCUCGGCAGCGUCAACAAGUUCGCGGAAGAGUUCAAGGCCACGCACGACCGCCUGGAUGUGCUCAUUAACAACGCCGGCGUGAUGGCCGUCCCCUACGCCAAGACUGUGGACGGAUAUGAGCGGCAGUUCGCUACCAACCACUUGGGCCACUUCGCGUUGACGGCGCAGCUGGAGCACUUCACGUCUGGGUCGGGCACCAUGCGCACAAGUGAGAAAGGUUACAACCCGCUCAGCGUGUUGACGGUGUCUGCGUCUGCGGUGGCCUGCCAUCCAGGCACAACACUCACCAACCUCGUGGUCCCUCCGGCCACGGAAUGGGGCUUCUUCACCAGUCUCGUGUGGCGCUUUGGUCGAACCUUGCCGCUGACCCAAGACGCGCCCACCGGUGCACUCCCCACGCGGUAUGCAGCCACCGCGCCUGAUGUCGAGAGCAGCGACUACUACGGUCCCGGCAACCGCUUUGAAGUCUGGGGUCCGCCGAAGCGCGUCGAAGCAAAGCCGCUUGCUCACAGCGAGGCUGCCGCUCAAGCGCUUUGGGAGGAAAGCGAACGCCUCGCCAAGAUCAAAUUCGACGUGAAGUAG